GAGCAUUUCCGGUAAUACGCCUGCUUGCUACCAGUCCACUUAAUCUUGUUGGUGUCUCCGGUAAAGCGCUUGUCGCCGAAAGGGAUAGGGAGAGCGCCGUCAAGCUUGACGAGAAGUGUCGGGCGGAAGAUCGAUGGUGUCCCCUGCACUAUCCUUUUCGGAUGAGUCGCAACCUGCACCUGCGCAUCUUCUGAGGUGUCGCCAUCUGGAAUCUUUUUGACAACUUCUGAACUUUCUGGUAGAGGUCGGCCCACAGCGAUUGCUCGUGUGGUUGGUGCGACUAGUGAACUGUGUGGCUUGCCUACCGGUUUUUCGUAUUCCUCCUCACUUGAAUAGAGACCGUCAUGCCUUCGUCCACCAAAGACUGAAUCCUGCCUUGGCGUAUUUACAUGCAGUGCCUGGCUGUGGGCGGACUUCCCAGACGAGUCCUUGGCAGCAGGUUCAACGCUCCUGCUAUAUCUGGGGACCACUCGAUCUGGUACAUCCAUCUCGUCUGGAAUGUGCAACUGGUAUUCCGAACAUUUCUCGAGGAUGCGCUUGUCGGUGUAAGAUCUGGCAAGAAGCUGCUGGUGGGUUGGUCCAUAGGUCACGCUCUUCUGAGGUACGAAUUGUGGCUUUAUGCGACGGCGAGCUGGCGGCUUUUCUGGUGGCCCAUCUCCAAAGACAUCGACCUCACCGCCCGAGAAUUUCUCAUACCAACUAGCAUCGUCGUCCAUCCUGCUGGCUGUGUUGAUGGGGAUGUCCAUGCUGUAGCUGAAGGUCGUCUGUGACUGUCUUUAGUAUGAGGAAGUCAGAAGCGGUGUUUAAGUUGAAGACGCGGAGUCGCAAGACGAGUCUGAUAUCGUAGUCCACCCGCGAUGUGUCGUGAGCACGUGCGGAUCAAUGCUGAGCGCCUCCAUCCCUCACUGUCACCAAGUGAAGCAGAGAGGUGAGGUGACCAGUCUACAUACCGGACCAUUCGGGCCUUCACCAGCAGAUUCGAUCGGGUGCUCUCAGAGGUCUGAAGUUGGUGGAAUAGAUACGCUGGAUGAGAUCCUGAUGACGCUCAGGGACCAUUUUGCAACGGCAGACGAUGGAGUUCACCCGCAUGAAGUAGACGCAGACCGACCAACUCACGGGACGAAGAAACGACUGGCGACUUGUCGCGGCGGACGACAGCGAACACUGCAGAACGUCGAAAAUACCGGGCUCGUGUACGUCAAAUCAGACUGAGCAGAGAGUGCGGCGUGUGAAACAGAGGAAACGUGCGAGUGAAGCCCGGUGCCUUAGGGGGGGGGCCACUGCGGGAAUGCCAAGCUAUUGCUUAGUGCGCUAGUAGUAUAUGGCACUCAUUUUCGACACCCACUGCAAGGCUCCCCCUACCCACCACUACCAACAACACCGACCGAGAGAACGCACUCACAGCAUACCUAGCUACCAGCGCUCCCACAUCCACCUCGACGCAUCGACCAGACAUGUCGUUACCACCACAGCAACCGGCGCUUCGGCCAGAUUCGAAUAUGAGCAUAUCGUUAUGCGGGAUGUGCGGCCAGACAUGCUAUUUCGUGGAUAGCACUUGGAUCUACGAGUGCACCUGCAACAACUUCGACUUCAACCUCCAAGGACCGCAGCAGAGCAACUACGUGACUCCUUCAUUUCCACAGAUGCCGCAGACUCCACAGCACCAGCAGAGAUGGCAAAUACCACAGAUGCCGCAGACUCCACAGCACCAGCAGAGAUGGCAAAUACCACAGAUACCAAAAACACCACAGCACCAGCAGAGAUGGCAAAUACCACAGAUACCAAAAACACCACAGACACCGCAGAGAUCGCAGACACCGCAGACACCAGCGACACCACAAAUGUCACAGCACAACAUGACUUAUCACAUUCCGCACUCUUUGCAGCAUGAAUUUGCUAAGCAGACCUCUGUUCGGGAUAUGUUCGCGUCGGGAUACGGACUACCACAGGCAGUCUAUGGUGCAGGCCCAUCGCAGCCUCAUCUCCAAGACCCAUCUAUCAUCUUCAACAGCCCCGCGCUGACGAGGACGGCGCCGCAGGCUGUUGGCAGUUAUGGACCUAGUUCAGUCUCGCAAUUAGCGGCUGUCGAGUCGCAAAAGAUUUGGGACGCACAAGGCAAUGCAUUGCAUGCCCAGCUCAGCCACGAAGCACGAAACGUUCCGGCGAAAAUGCUAGGCAAAAAUCGCAUGAUUUGCUGCCUAUGUCACAGAGAGUCACCCAUUCGCCCCGCGAAAAAUGAUGGCAUCCACUGCACUACAUGCUUCAAUCGGCGCCUGUCCUCCGGCCAACAGCUCUUGACCCUCCAACGGCAACGCGAGCAUAACACGAAGCAGGCAGCCAUCGCCGCCGCCAAGCAACGGAAGGAAGCCCUCAUCAACGGCAAUCCGACUGCCGCACAGUGCCUUGCGCCGUACGAGCCCGCCAACAAGAGAGUGAAGCUGUCGCCUUCCAUGCCGUCGCAGUCUCAGCCCACUCAGGCCUCCCAAUGGUGUUCCAACACAUCGCUGCAGCCCGCCGAGCUGUUGAGCACGAACGGCGCCUUCUUUGGACAGAUGCUACUGCCCGCUGAGCCGACCAGCACGAACACCGCCUUCCAUGGACAGACACUACCGAAUACCACCUUCCAUGGACAGUUCCUACCGUCCGCCGAGCCGUUCAACACGAACAGCACCUACCAGGGACAAAUCCCACCGUCCGCCGAGCUCAACAUGAAUAGCAUCUUCCAGCGACAAACCCUACCGCCCGCCGAGCUGUUCAGCACGAACACCGGCUUCUAUGGACAGCCACUACCGAAGACCGGCUUCUAUGGGCAAACCAUACCACCCGCCGAGCUGUUCACCACGACCACCGCCUUCUAUGGACAGAGACUAUCGAACAACGGCUUCCAUGGACAGACCCUACCGCAGGCACCGGCAGCCAUAAGCGCUCAGCACUCGUUUUCGGCACCGAGUUCACACCAAAGCUCAUCCGCUGGUUCCAGCCUCGUCGAGCCACUGAGAAACCACACCACCCCGAAAAUACCUACUUCGAUCUCACACAAGCGGAGCUACUCAAAAAAUCGGGAAUUUGUCGGCCGGGGCAGCACCGCCUCGCCAACCCCUGCUCCUAAGCCCUUGAAAAUUCAAGAAGCCCUGAAGAGGGCUCGUCCGAUUUCAAAAGUAGCCAUACCCGCACGCCACACGGCAAUCAGAACGCCGGCAGUCAGCACGCCAGCACUGAGUACGCCAGCACUGAGUACGCCAGCAUUUAGUACGCCAGCACUCAGUCUGCCAGCACUCGGUACGUCAGCACUCGGUACGCCAGAAGCCGUUGUCCCUGCACCAAAUACAGCCACCAUCGCGUCAGAUACAAUCGCCACCGCGCCAGAUGCAUUCCUCACUAUGUCAGAGGCUGUCGUCGCCAUCUCAGACACAGUAGAGCUAGGAAUGUACCCGGAGCAUCCCGAGACGAGACUACGUCGCGAAUCGAGGGAGCAGGAGUCGAGAGAGGCCGAAGAUGACGAUGAAGAGUUUGAAAGGAUACUGCGUCAAGCAUUGGAGGAGAUGGACUAACAGGAUGUGGCCUAACAGGAUGUGGCCUAACAGGAUGUGGCCUAACAGGAUGUGGUCUAUGGCGUUGGGAAAGACGGCCUGACAGGAUGUGGUCUAUGGCGUUGGGAAAGACGGCCUAAC